AUGAUCCAACAGAAAUCUUCCUGCUCAACUGUGGCGCAUCCUUCGACACUACAUCACUGGAUGGAAGAAAUUGGCCUCCCUUCAAGAUCCCUCUGUAACUCAAGUGCCAUUCAUGACCGCACGUUGACCGCACGUAUAUCUCAAUCCAAAUUCACCUACGUGUUUCCUGUCUCACCUGGCUCAAAAUUUGUUCGUCUCUACUUCUAUCCUGUUGCUUACUCCAAUCUUGAUAUCUCCAAAUCCUUCUUCUCCGUUGAAGCCAAUGACUACACACUUCUAAGCAACUUUAGCGCUUCUCUUACAGUUUCAGCCAUGCAGCCUCCAGCUGCUGCCAUUGUGAAAGAGUUUGUCAUUACUAUUCAGGUGAAUCAGAUGCUUAACAUAACUUUUAAUCCAUCUCUUCCAUCUCUGAAAUCUUUUGCCUUCAUAAAUGGUAUUGAAAUCGUUUCCAUGCCAGACAGUCUUUAUAUACACGGAAAUGAUAGCCCGCUGACAAAUGUUGGCAUUGACUAUCCCUUCUAUUUGGAUAAUACAACAGGUCUUGAGACUGUUUAUCGGUUAAAUGUUGGAGGACGGGAUAUCGACGGUUCAGAUGACACCGGAAUGUACAGGAAAUGGGUUCAAGACUCUAAUUAUAUUUUCGGAGCUGCAUUUGGCGUGGUGUCUAUUUCUAAGGUUAAGAUAAAUUAUACAAAGAGUACUCCGGCUUGGGUUGCUCCUGAAUUGGUAUAUAGUACUAUGCGUUCAAUGGGUCCUCGACGAAAAGUUAACAUUAAAUACAAUCUCACUUGGAUAUUCCCCGUUGAUACUGGAUUCAACUAUCUUGUUCGUCUCCACUUUUGUGAGACUCGACUAGAGGUUACCCAAGGCAUACCGGCGGACGAAAAUUUGAUUCCGAAAGUGAUCAUUUGA